UUAUACAAUUUUGUAAAUAAGUGAUUUUUCUCCUUCACUGAUGUGUGCUAAUGAGACUGCAGUGAUGGGCACUGAUAGGCUGCACUGAUGGACACUGAUAGGUGGCACUGAUUGGCACUGAUAGGUAGCACUGAUUGGCAGCACUGAUAUGUGGCACUGGCUGGCACUGAUGGGUGACACUGAAAGGCAGCUCAGAUGGGCACUGAUAUGUGGCAUUGAUGUGCACUGGUAUGCACUGAUAUGUGGCAUUGAUGUGGCACUGAUGGGCACUGGCACGUGGCACUGAUGGGAACUGGCACGUGGCACUGAUGAGCACUGACAGGUGGC